AAAUAAGUUACAACUUCAAUGAAACAUUCUUGUAUAUCUAUCCAUAGUGAUACUCAAAGCAUCUGUGUGAAGCUCUUGCAGCACACCAACGAUCUUUUGAGUUUUUGAGCUCCCCUUGCUUUCGGAUCAAAUAUUCUCGAUAUCAAAUUGAAUCCAAUACACCAAGAAAUCGACCCCCUUUUCCCACUCUUUCAUCUCAAAAGUUCAAUCAAACUUUCCCAGAAAUUUCCCCCUUUCUUCUUGAAGUUAAAGAUAAUGCCGAUGGAAAAAGAACAACCCAUUCCUCCGCCGGUGAUCGGAAAGAUAGGCUAUUACACCGUAUUCGUUACUCCUACUCCUAAAUCCUCAUCUGAACCGGAUUCCAAUUCUCAGAAGAAAACGAGCUUUUCUCCCGUUCAGCCGCCGCCGGUUCACUACGAGAAGACAGCUUCGUCAUACGGCGCAAACUUCGGUUUCUUCUGGGACGCCAUCGCCAAACUACAGAAUGUGCAUUCAAGUUUGGAUGACUAUCUUGCACAUUGGUUUGGGCUAAAUCAAUCAAAAUAUCAGUGGGCUUUGGAUGAUUAUUAUGAAAACGAGAGCAUGGAGAAAGGUGACACAAAAGCUACAGAUAUACCAAGCAAAGCACAAAGUGUUUAACUUUGUUUACUAGGUUUUGUGCAAGGGCAUUUUGGGGACCAUUUUGUGUGAAAACAUAACAUCACAUGUGGGAACUUUAAUUGGUUAUAUCGGAUCAAAUGUCCAAAUUUACAGUGAUCUGAUCAUGAUUCUUUUAGUUUAAUGCAAGUAGGGGGGCAUGUAAUCUUUUGAUGAUUAUUACGAUGUUUUAGCUUAGCAAUGGCCAAGAUAGUCUAAUGGGGUGAAUUUUAGCUAUAUAUAUAUUUUCUUGUUCCAUUUGUAUUUAUUUCCGGUUAAAAACGAGUGGAA